CUCGUUAAAGAAGUUUCAUGUACCUCUCUCUCUCUCUCUCUCUCUCUCUCUCUCUCUCUCUCUAUCUAUCUAUCUAUCUAUCUAUCUAUCUAUCUAUCUAUCUAUCUAUAUCUUGUGGAAACAUUUUCUCAGCGACGUUGACUCACGACCUUAUGUGCUGUGUACAUAUUUAGAUGGAAUCUGCGAUUGCAACAGCCGCCAAUGCUGGAGAGACCAACGUCAUGGAAACAGAAGUCAUUCUAAGUGGUCGUUCCCCUGCAAGUGAGGUCAACGAAACGACAGUUCAUCAGCAGACCGUCGGCGGGGGCACGGCCACUGCUGCAUGGGAAGAGGUGUUCGCCACAAUUCAUAUGGAAACUGAGCAGAUGCUUGCUGACGUGGAUGAUAACGAAAGCGGUGCACGAGGGAACAGUGCUCAGACAGAGAAGGUGGGUGGAGAGAGAGACGAGGAAGAUGUUGGCAGCGAGGGUCAUGACAGUGGAUGCGUUGUCACAGAUGCAAAUGCGACAAAGACAAUGGCAGGAGAUAGAUACCCGUACGGUGUGAAUUGGGUGCCAGGUCGUGUUCAGCCAGGUAUCGUUGGAGGUGUGCAUUGCUUUGUUUUCAAGGUUGCUGAUGAGUGGGUUGCUGUUCCUGCCCCAAAGAAAGGAACAUGGCGUAACGUAUGUCUGUCAUUUAUCUAUGACAGAGUGUUGAGGUCGAAUGAUGGGGCAACGACCCACGAUGCUUGCCAAUACGUAUUGGAGAUGUAUCGUGUUCUACAGGCAAAGGGUGAGUUGCGGCUCAACGAUUUCGUAUAUGAUAACUUUGACUGCGGACAGUUAGAAGCGACUGCUGACGAAAAGGAGGCGAUGACAUGCCGGCCACGCGAUGCACGCAUCUUUGACCCGCCACUUGGCAAUCCUGUCGAGUUGGCCCUCGUUGAAGGGAUGGUGUUUAGUGGUGAGAAGCGCAUCAUAUACGUCCACGUAAGGGGGAAAGAAGCCACAUUUGAUGGCAUUUGUAUGGACAUAUGGGACCAUGUGGCAAUGUGGAAGGAUGUGGUUGCAGCCAGUAACAUUGCGGCCCAUGUGAUUCAAGAAGGGCAGUUGUACCAGCAUGUGGCCCGUGACAUGUACGGGUACCAUGUCAAUUGGGUACCUGGUUCUUUGUAUCCAGCACUCGUUGAUGACAAAGUGACACUGGGAGCAAGAAUGCAAUCUGGUGAGUGGCUGCCUUUGGGUUGGAUGCAUGCUGGCGUUGUGGAGCAUUGGCAGUUCUUGGUGGUGGUGACACGUGUCUCCGUUUGCAAUCCUCAUGUGAAGGACCGGGGAUUGCUGCAGGAACACGCGCAACGUUGCUGGGAGAAGAUAAGGGAGGAAGAACGGCAGACGGUGUGCAUGGGAUAUGACUCCCAUAAUGACCAGGCGAUCAGGUCGAUCGUGGAAGACUCGUGCACCGAGCAAGCACGACCUUCGACAGAUGAUAUGUUUCUGGAGGGCAUUCGUUGCAGACACGGGUGCACAUCAUUUCUUGGGUGGGUCCCUGUCGUCUAUCCUAUGACAUAUGAGCAUGGUGAACAGAUGUGCAUGAGAUUUAGAGACCCUUUGGGUGUCCCUUUCCAGGUCACGUACAUAGAUGGACUGUUGCGACACAUUAAAUAUGUGGGUGAUGACGACGCUCGUGCUGCAUCGAAUGCACAACAAACAACACAACAGCAGCAGGACAUUUCACAUUUGGCAACUCAGGUCGACGGCCCGGAAACAGCAAAUGAUGGGGGAUGUUCUAAUGCAAAACCCGGCGAUGGUGACACCCCUGCGGAGCACGUGACAAGGAGGGCAGAGAAGAAGAAGAAGCAGUGCACGUCUAGGCCACCCCGUAGACUCAGGAGUUCCACAAAAGCAAAAGGCAAAGAAAAAGAUGCCCCAGAUCGAGACCAGACUUCCAAAGCAGCCGCUGCCCCAGUUCAAAAGCGCAGGCGCCGCCCAGGGAUGGCAGCAUUGGCAGAAAUUCGGCAACUCCAACGAUCUACUCAGUUGUGCAUCACUUUGAGGCCGUUCAUGAGGGUCGUGCGCGAGGUCGUCGAGAAAGAAAUCGCACCAGGAAAAUUUAUCAGGUUUCAGAUGAACGCUAUACGUGCGUUGCUGGAAGCGGCCGAAGCAUAUCUCAUCAACCAUUUCGAGAGAACAAACAUCAUUGCUAUCCACUGCAAGAGGGUGACGAUCCAGCUGAAGGACCUGAAGCUGGUUGAGAACUUGGCCAAGGCUCGCUGGGUAUACAAAUAUGAAGGCAUUAUCGACGAGCAGAAGAAAGCGGAAAAGCUACGGCAGAUGAAUGCUGCAAGGCAGGUCGAGAGAGAAGCGCAGGCGGGAAAGGGGGUGUCUGAGAAGACAUCAGCAGCACGCAAAGGCGGUGACAUUCCAGCGGGGUCGUCGAAGAAGAAAGGAGCGCCGCCUCUUGAAGAGGUAAUGCAAUACGCGGAGGAGGGCAUCCACUACAAUGACGACGGGGAGCUUCAACUACUGACGAAGAGAGUGCCGAGUUACUUCGAUGUCAGAGUGAACAUUCGUGCAAGCAUCGCUGCGAACGGAGAGGAGUCGCUCAGAGCACGGAUGCUAUUGGCAAGGUUCACUGAGGCGCAAGAUUUGCAUGUAGACAACAGUGCUGAUACCGGUGCAUACAGUUUGAGAAAAGUGGUUGGUUGGAUGUGCACAAAAGGGAUGUCCGAUGAAGGGGACGUGGAUAUGACAAAGCAGCAGAAGGGUGAAACAUACACGCCAGUUGAUUUCAAGCAGAUGCUGAUGACACAGGCGAAGAAAUGGGAAAUGCUUGUUGAAGAUUUUAAGGACGAGAUGAAGAGCGGUGCAAGAGAAAUUUUAUUGCUCUCACGUUUGAAGGACAUACCGCAAGCUCCCCCGCAAGACUUCCAAGAUCUUCUUGUAAUUAUUGCAAACGAGGUGGAGUAUGUUUUACUCGACCAACUGGUGGAUUUCAUGAAAAAGAAACCUGACGAUCGGAAUGUCAUACAUGAGGCAUUGCAUGAUGUGAUAGACCAAGCACUGGUGGGCAAGGACCUCAUUAACUACAGGGUGUGGAGUGUGGACGAGGAUGUCGUAUGUGGUACUCUAUUGUGGGAUGAAAUAUUCAUGGCAGCUUUGCAUCGCCUCAGCAUUGCGACUUCUGAGGUGGACAGAAAGAGGUCAACGGAAGAAGGAUGGAAGUUGGUGGCCAGGGAAGCAGAUGUUGCACUUCAUGCAGCAGAUGGACACACUUCAGCAGGGGAAGAAAUUGUGAGAACAGUCUCCAUCGUGCGUUCUCCAAUAAACACAAUGUCCACGGAGGAGGUAGAAAAAGAAGAUGUGUUCAAUGAGUGGACAAUGACAGAACAACAACGGGAACGAGGGUUUGAAGACUCUUCUUUACCGAUCAAUUUUGAAUAUGACAUUGAAGAAACAAGAGUGAGGAAUAAUAAAAAAGAUGCGAGGGUGCCAUCAUAUGAGGUGGAAGUGAGUGGCAGCGAUGUGAGCAGCGACGAGGAGGGUGAGGAAUAUGAUGCCUACUGGGAUAUGGAAGCAGGGGGAGGACAAGCGUCAAAAGGAUGGGCACAUGCGAUUCUUAGGUUGACACGUCACAACGUUGAAACGGUUUCUUGCCUCGAAAUACAACCUUCCGGGGAGGGGAUCAACAUAUGUGGCUCUCGCACGGGCCAGUUGAGUCACCAUGUCCAAACUGUUAUCAGAGCGGACAAGGGUGUGGACACGAAUGGUAAAACACGUUAUGUCAUCCCUCUGUCUCUGUAUUCAGACAAGACUCAUGUAGACGGUCGUCAAAAGCAGACACCGUAUCCUCUGAUGAUGUCAAUAGCCGAUCGCGCAUCGGACGCCACACUCCUUGCGUAUCUUCCUGUGCUUCAACACCGACCACGUAACAAGGGCUGGGGUCUGCACGCCAUCGCGUUUAGAAAACGAAAAGCUGUGAUAUUGCAUAAAGCGUUGUCAAUAGUAUUGCGGUCCGCAAAGGAGGCAUCCCAUGACGGCAUGAUAGUUACAACGGAGCGGUUCGGCGAGAUAACAGUCCACCCUUUCGUCAUGAACUAUAUAGAGGACUAUCCUGAAAGAUGUGCCCUUGCAACUGUGAAAUUCGAUGUUUGUCCAAUAUGCACAGUGUCCAAAGACGAUUUCGAUGUCAUCGCCGAUUUCACCAACUGCAGGAGAUCGCAGACGCUAGAGAUGCAAAUUGCUGCGAACUGCUUCAACAAUGGGGACAACAAUAUUUGUCGUGCCGCAGAGGCACGAAUGUCAGAAUUGAAAAUGCAUAAGCAUGUUCAAGAGAACGGCCUUUGGGGAUUCUACAGGGGUUGAAGCGAAGCAAAAUCGUCACGGAGGACAAUGAUGGCAAGAAACGACAUGUUGUGAUCGUCAUGGAUUCCUUUCAAGCGAGCGGCCGACAGGAAUGGAAGGCGUUGCGCACAUUUUUGUUGUAUGAAUACCUCAACGAGGGAGACAAAGCAGGGGUGUCGACUCCCGAGACCGUGGACACAUCGUGGGUGACAUGCAGAUAUCUACUUGGAUCUAACAUAGUAUAUGCGGAAAAUUCGCAACAGACGAAUACGUCAGACUGUGGUGUUUACGUUUGUUGCGUGGCAGCUGAAUUGAUGCGAAAGCUAGCAAACAUGACUAAGGGAACGAACAUAACCGCAAAAUAUGUAACAAAAGUUGUUAGCGCGA